CAAUUUAGUCACAAAAAGAACGUCGCAGAGACGGGUUGAAGGAGAUCCCAAUCGGAUUUAGAAACGAGUCGAGCCAAAUUAGUUUAUUUGCGUUUAAAACGACUAAAUAAUUAAUAUUUUUACAGAAUACAUAGCAUUGCAUACAUAUCUUUCUGGUACACAUAUACAUACAUUCGUGUUUUAUUCGCAUAUUUAAUUAUUUACAUAUUUACGUACUUAUACAUAUGUACGUAUACGUACUUGCGAAUCAAUAAUCAAUGUAAAAGGGAAAAACUACAAUAAAUAUCCGCGUGAAAAAGAUAAAAAGAAGAAGACGUUGAUGUAACUUGUAUAUGAGUAACAAUAAAAGUGAAAACAGUUUACAAUUUAAGUGCAAAACCCUAUUGGAAAAAUUGAGUAGGUGACUACGGAAAAAGCCAGUUCAGCAGAAUGUCGUGGAGAUAUACGCUUCCUAGUCGAUUGGAACCAUCCAGCUCGGAUCAAACUACCGGUCGUCAACUGCAAAGAGUUCUCCAUUAUUCAAUAGCACCAUACAGAAGUCUUCCUGGACUGCGGGGAACAGAAUGCGCCGUAUAUGAUGUUGACUGUGAUGAGGUGUACCCCGGUAUUUACAUUGGUGAUGUGGCUGCGGCAAAAAACAAAUCUUUUCUUCGAAUGAUGGGAAUUACUCAUGUUCUAAAUGCCGCCGAAGGCUGUCGCUACGGGCAGGUGGACACUGGACACAGUUACUAUCGUGAUAUGCCAAGUAUAAGAAGAAACAACAAAGAUACUAUUUUCAGGUAUAUGGGCUUUCCAUUGGUUGAUGCUCCUACCACUGAUAUAUCUCGAUACUUUUAUGUUGCUGCGAAGUUCAUAGACAGUGCCAUCAGUAGUGGAGGGAAGAUUCUUGUUCAUUGUAUGGUGGGCAUGUCAAGGUCAGCCACGUGUGUAUUGGCUUAUUUGAUGAUCUGCCGCAAAAUGUCUGCAUCGGAUGCGAUAAGAAAAGUGCGUAUGAAACGCGAAAUUCGACCAAAUGAAGGAUUUUUACAACAACUUGCCGAUUUAGAUAUGGAGCUAAAACGAAAAAAUCUCUAUCCUUACUAAUAUUUUGUGAAAUUGUAGCCAAUAUUACCUUUGCAACACACAAUGAACUUUGGAAUUUAUAUGCAUUAAGGCGAAUAAUUAUUUGAGAAGUUCACAGUACGUUCUAAAAUGGGUUUAAAAAUGGUUUCGUCAACAUUUUGGAGCUUUUUCUAGCCGUAUUGUUGUUUCACAUGCAAAAUUGUAAAACGACGCCGUCUACACUCGAAGGGUAUGUUUUUAAUUAUCUACUUUUUGUAAUCUCACAUCUGGGAUGCAUUAUGGCAACUUCAACCUGAUUUUUUAAUUUAUUGGGGGCGUUUUAUGCGUUCGAUUUUUUUUUUAACAAAAUGGCUGAUAAAACCAAACAAAUUAAGGUAAAAGAAAAAUUACAAAUAUUUGUAAAACAAUUACAAUUUUGAUGUAAUGUCAACCCUGUGUUGUGUAUUAUCGUGUCUGUUGCCAUGGGCUUUCUAUAUAUCCCGAAUUCGCAUUUGUUGGUAGCCGUAUUUAUUUUAAUUGUUAUGUCCAAUUAGUUUAUUUUUCCUUCGUUUUCCUUAUCCAUACUGAAAUUAAUAUUCGUGUAUUGGUCGCUGAGAUAGCCUAGAAUUUGUUCAUCCUUGUCUCCCCUUACAAGACGUAUGCUGUAAUCGACGUAUUUUGCGUAUAGCUUUACUCCAAGUGCCGAGUGGAGAAAGUAAGAAAGGUCUUGAAACACCAGUAAACUUUUGCAAUGACAGACGGAAAAGACUGCUGCAUAGUUUGAUGCUUAAAAGGUUACAAAAAAUCUUGACGUUAAAAUUUUGUAACUCGUUUUGGAACGAACUGUGAGUUAACACCUUAAUUGCACCAACACAA